AUUUAACACGUAUUUGAAUGGACAGUUAAUGUGACACGUUUCAACCUUAAUAAUACACAAAGUGAAGUGGAAAAAAAAUGCAUUUUUUAAGAAAUUUAAUAAUAUUAUUAAUCUUAUUUUUAGCAGUGGAAGUAAAUGCAUAUCGAAUUUUGGGUAUUUUUCCCAUUGCAUUUAGAAGUCAUAAUAUAUUUUUUCAAGCAUUAAUGAAAGUUUUAGCAAAAAGUGGACAUCAAGUUGAUGUUAUUUCUCAUUAUGAAUUUCCAAAACCAGUGGAUAAUUUAACGACAAUUGUCAAUUUGUCCGAAGUGGAUUUUCCAUUUCCACCAAAUGUAUUUGAAAAUCUUGACGAUUGUCUACUAAUUUUUGAAGAUGCAAUAAAAAUUCUCAGCGUAGAUUAUGGAACUAAUUUGUGUAAACUUAUGGAUUAUCCAAAAAUAAAAGAUAUUAUUAUGAAUCCACCAAAUGAUCCACCUUACGAUGCUGUUAUUGUGGAGGGUUGGGCACUGAGUUGUUUUUACGGUAUUGGAUAUCUUUGGAAUAUACCAACAAUAACUGCUACGCCUAGUUUAGAAUUUCCAUGGAUUAGUAGACAAAUUGGUAAUCCAUUAUCGACAGCUUUCUUUCCAAAUUUUCUAAUGCCAAAAGCAAAAGUAGAAACAUUUACGGAUCGUUUGCAAAAUACAGUCACGAGUAAUUUACUUAUGUAUAAAUUUUUCUUCUAUACCGAUGAACCACAAACAAAAUUGAUGCGAGAAAUUUUGAGUCCUGACAUGCCAACAGUUAGAGAAAUUGAAAGAACAGUAGCAUUGAGUAUAGUGAAUACUCAUUUCACUGUUCAAGGAAUUAGACCUUUGACACCGGCUUUCAUUGAAGUGGGAGGUUUACAUAUUGAAGAAGACGAUUCUUCCAUGUCAAAAAACCUACAGCAAUGGAUGGAUGAGAGUAAAGCUGGUGUGAUUUAUAUGUCCUUUGGAUCAAUCGUAUUUUUGGAAUCGUUGUCAAAAGAAAAACUUGUUGCACUUUAUGCAUCAUUUUCAAAAAUUGCACCAAUUCGAGUGAUAUUGAAAGCGAAAAAGGGAAAAAAAUUUCCACCUGGACUUCCAAAGAAUGUUAAAACAAUGGAAUGGGUACCACAGAUACCACUACUGAGACACAAUAAUACACGUGCAUUUAUAACACAUGGUGGUGUGCAUAGUAUACAAGAAGCUAUAUACUACGGUGUUCCUGUAAUUGGUGUACCAUACGUUUAUGAUCAAGAUGCAAAUAUAGAUAUAUUAAUAACUAAAAAAAUGGCAUACCACGUUAAUCAUGAAGAAAUUAGUGAAAAAGUCAUGGACAAGGCACUGAAUGAAAUUCUAUACAAUCCAAUGUAUAGGGAAGCUGCAAAAAAUUUGUCACGCAUUUUUAAAGACCGACCGGUAAAGCCAAAAAAAGCGGCAUCCUUUUGGGUGGAAUAUAUUAUAAGAAAUGGAGCCGAAUCAUUAAGAUCACCUGCUGUAAAUAUGUACUGGUGGCAAGUUGAAUUACUUGAUGUCUAUGGAUUUUUAUUACUUUUCCUAAUAUUAAUUCUUUAUACAAUUAAAGUUAUUAUAAAAUUAAUUCUUCAAAUAUGCUUCAAGAGGAACGUCAAGUCAGAUUUAAAGAGAGAUAAAAAAAUGAAUUGGAUUAGAAAAUUUAUUACAAUAUUCUUGUUAUUUUUUUUAAUAAAAAUUAAAGCUUAUAGAAUUUUAGGUGUAUUUCCAUUGGCAUUCAAAAGUCAUAAUAUUUUUUUUCUGUCAGUUAUGAAUGGUUUAGCAAAAAAUGGACAUCAAGUUGAUGUUAUAUCAUACUAUGAACAUAAAAAUCCACACACGAAUUAUAAAACAAUUAUUAAUUUGAAUAAUCUCACUUACGAUCAUCCUAAAGUUAAUUUUAAUAGUAUUGAAGAACCUAUUGCAAUUGUUGCCGAUAUUGUAUUAUUUUCAAAAGAUUAUUAUGGUCUCAAUGUUUGUAAUUUAAUGUCAAAUAAAAAAUUUCAAGAAUUUUUUCAAAAUCCUCCUAAAAAUCCAUCAUACGACAUUGUUAUCACAGAGGGCCUAGCAACGAAUUGCUACUAUGGUCUUGGACCAUUGCUAAAUGUACCAAUAGUAGCUCUUUCAGCAUGUUUAGAAUUAUCACCAGAAUCAAGAAUAAUUGGCAAUCCAAAAUCAACAGCAUUUUAUCCAUCGCUUUAUUUAAAGAAAUUUGAAGUAAAAACAUUUUGGGAUCGAAUGGAAAAUACAUUAAAAUCAUCAAUAAAUGCCUAUAGAUAUGAGGCAUAUACUAAUAAUCAAUCACCAGCAAUGAAAAAAUAUUUAGGUCCAAAUAUACCGACAGUGAGAGAAGUGGAAAAAAUGGUAUCGUUAUUUAUUAUAAAUACUUUUCACACUUUACAAGGUGUAAGACCGAAAAUUCCAGCAUUCAUUGAAGUUGGAGGAUUACACAUUGAGGACGAUGAAUCUAGUUUGACACCAAAUCUAAAACAAUGGAUGGAUGAAAGUACACACGGAGUAGUAUUGUUUUCAUUUGGUACAUUAGUAUCAAUUGAAGCACUUCCCAUUAAUGUGCUUUCUUCAAUUAUUUCCAUUUUCGCAAAACUUGCACCAAUGAGAGUGUUAAUAAAAACAAAACAAGACUCGAAAUUUCCAAUUAAACUUCCAAAUAAUGUGAUCGCCAUGACAUGGAUUCCACAAAUUCCUAUUCUAAGACAUCCUAAUACACGGGUGUUUAUUUCACAUGGUGGCAUUCACAGUAUUAUGGAAGCUGUCUAUUUUGGCAUUCCUGUUAUUGGAACACCUUUAUUUUUCGAUCAAAUACAAAAUAUUGAAAUGCUUGUCACUAAAAAUAUGUGUAUUCGAAUAAAUUAUGAAGAAAUCUCAGGAUAUACUAUAGACAAAGCACUUCAAGAAAUAUUAAGCAACUCAAAUUACAGAAAAGCAGCAAAAUAUCAGUCACAAAUUUUUCGCGAUCGUCAAUUGAGUCCAAUAGAUACAACAACCUAUUGGAUAGAGUAUAUCAUAAAAAAUGGAGCACAUUCGUUACGAUCACCAGCAGCCGACAUAGAUUGGUGGCAAAUGGAUCAACUUGAUGUCUAUGGAUUUUUAUUAUUUUGCAUCACAUUAAUCUUUAUUUUAAUAAUAAUCAUUGUUAAAAAUCUGUUAAAACUUUGCUUGAAAAUGAACACCAAAUCGUCAUUAAAAAAAGAAUAAUAGUAAUCCAUUAAUUUUAAAUUGUGAUUUUCAAUUUUUUUAUCAUGUCACAUAACUGUAUUAUAUCGUCACAUUAGUAUAAAAUUAAACUCACUUUAAUAUGGAGAA